GGACAAGCUCUGAUAGGUAUAAGGCGCUAUCAUGUGAUCAGAUCAAUACAAUCAAACACCAAGCGAUUUUUGCCCGCUUUAUCUCAUAUCUGAUCGUCGUUUAAUCGCGUCAUCCAUAUCAUUGCCAGGUCUUAGCGCGAGCACCGGCCCCAAGAGGACGAUGGCGCUGCCGUCGUCUGGGGCCCCCUCCAGUCCCGGACUGUCGGAGCCGAGGACAGCCGCGGCGCCGGCCUCUCGGCCCGGCCCCGGCCGCUGGCACCCCUCUCAGUCCGCCCGGACACGGUACAGCUCACCGCCCCCGAGCACCGACCGUUUCGGGCCGCCGCCCUCCGAGUUCGACGACGACGACCUGGACAUCGACACGGCGCUGUUCGCCAGAAAACGGCGGGCUCCCGCUCCGCCGGCACCGGCUCCGGUCCGGCAGCCGGAGCCGGAGCCGGAGCCGGAGCCGGAGCCGCAGCCGGAGAGAGACUCGGAGUCGGAGUCGGAGCCGCGGUCACCUCCGCCCGGCGCGCCGAGUCCGGCCCCGCGACUCUCCCUGUCCCGCAGCCAGUCCAGCGAGAGUGACUCGCGACCUCUUUCUGCUGCCGAACAUCAGCCGGAACUGGGGCGGGUUAGGGAGGCGAGAGACUCGACUGAACGGUCGGCUCCGGCUGAACAGGAAAGAUAUACUGGAGUCGAGAAGGCAGAAAGACAGCCCCGAAACCUAUCGCAGGACGGUGGAUACAAUAACUCGUCAAAUAGUUAUCGGGAGAACGGUAAAAACGGUGAAGAUGAGAUAAGUGUCGAUGACGAGGACCCACGGCCUAAAGCUGAAUAUGAAUCCGUGUCAGACUCUGAAGAACGGUUUGAGUCGGAAACGUCCAGCCGACUGGAGAGGUUCGAGUCAGAGUCACUCGAUUCGAACUCGAGACGCCCAAGCCUGACACCAAGUUACAGCUCGUCACAUCACCGGAGCCUGGCGACGAGCCCUGAGCCGGCGCCCAGAAGUCUGAUUUCAAGCCCUGAACCGGCGCCCAGAAGCCUGGUUUCGAGUCCUGAACCAACGCGAAGAAGUCACGCUUCAAGUCCUGAACCAGCGCCUAGAAGCCUGGUUUCAAGCCCUGAACCGACGCGAAGAAGUCAGGCUUCAAGUUCCGAGCCGGCACCACGGAGCCUAGCAUCGAGCUCUGAACCAAAGCGAAGAAGCUUGGUGUCAAGCCCUGAACCGGCGCCCAGAAGCCUGGUUUCAAGUCCUGAACAGGCACGAAGGAAUGUGACUUCAAACUCUCAGCUGGCAACACGAAGCUUGGUUUCGAGCCCUGGACCGGAACCAAGAACCUUGGUCUCAAGUCCUGAGUCUGAGCGCAGAAGCCCAGCGCCCAGCCCUGAGCGCUCACCCUGUCGGCUCUCGUCCAGUCUGAGUUCGAGAGCCCGAGAGAAGUCUCCCAGUCCGGAGCCGCUCCUGAGGGGCCGGGCGGCCAGCGACGCCAGCUUCUCCCAGCAGUCUGAGGCCGGGGAUGCAGACUAUCCGUCCGAGUCGCUCUCAGACCGGCGCAGCGCCGCGGACAGAGCGGGGUCACAGUCGGAGGACGUUUUCGGGGAGUUUGAGGACAGCACGGAGAGCCAGGCGCCCCCACCAGGCAUCAGCAAUGCCGCUGUGGUCACGAGCCACCUGGCUGAGCGAGCUCAGCAGAAUUUCUCCCAGGAGCAUGAUCGUGGCACAAGUUCCGAGUCGGAGAGCCGAUCGGAGAAGCACCGUCGACGUCGGACUUCAGCCGAACGGAAUGCAACAUACGCGAAGCUGCAGGCAACAAGUCUCGCCGCAGAAGCCCGUGUGAACGGCGAAAACGACCGCCCCGAAACUAAUGAACCCGAGAAGAAAACGGCUAAGGAGAACAGAGCUCCCGAAAAACAGCAAACAAAUAAAAGGGUGGUUACGAAGAAUCGGUGGACCCCGCCGAAGGUGCAGCUGGGUUCGUGGACCGGAUACAGCCCCGGACACCGGAUCCAGUUAAUGGAGGAUGAGGACUACGUGGUGUGUGCCGCCCCAGGGAGUCGGCGCCGCCGCUCCGACUCCCUCCCAGAGGACGAGCCGGGCCGGGUCACCGCCGCCAGCGGGGUCACUUCCCGGCCCACCGAGCGGAGCGCUCUCCGCUCAGCGGGGAGAUCCUGGAGCAGAGGAUCGGAGCAGGGCUCCUCCCGCUCCAGAGAGCGAGCUGAGGACCAGUCAGACGACCAGGACGGGGCUCAGCGGCCGUCGGAGAGGAACUACAUGACCUCCGCCCGGCGCGUGUCCUCCCGCUCCGUCGAGAGGAGCUCGUCUCGCUCUGUCGAGAGGACCUCGUCUCGCUCUGUCGAGAGGACCUCGUCUCGGUCUACCGAACGCUACAACCGAUGGUCGAUGGAGAGCUCUCCCGAUCGAGAGACGGGGAUCGGCUAUGUUCGCUCGGCUGAGAGAGCCACCGCCAGGUCGGCGGCUAGGAGACUGCUCCAGAGGGCAGAGCGAUCCUCCGUCAGCCCUGAGGGAAGAGCCCCUCGUUAUCGGUUCGGAAACGUCCGCGGUUCUCCGGAGAGGGAGUUUGCUCGCCGUGCUAGGAGCAGCAUCUCUCCGCCGCCGACUGACCUCACGCAGAACGGUGACCUCGCGGCGUCACGGCCGCGGCGCCUGUCCGGUGGUGCUCGCGAUCCACACGUCACGGGUGGCGCGGAACCGCCGCGAGCGGUGACGGGUCGGCGCGGCUCCGGUGCCGAGGCGACGGAGACGGUCGGCACGGGCGGUGCCUGGCGGCCGGCCGGGGUGACCCAGGCCCCCUCGGCCGCCGCUCCGGGCCGCUACCCGGGCCUCUUCAAACGGACGGCCUUCUCCGUACCCGUCGGCUGGAGAACCGCCCAGCCGGUCGUCAAAGGUUUCCGCUCCAUUCCACCAAGUCAGACGGCCGCCGACUCCGGCUCAGAGGCGGAGGCCGACCGCAGUCGGCGCGGCAGCGGCUGCUGACGGACGACUGCCCUUCAAACGCUGACGCAUCGCUACUGGGGUGCUGACCCGAGUGCUGACCGGGGGUGACUGGUGACCUGAUGGCUGAGGGCGGUGUCCUGCUGAGGUCAAACCGGUCACCCAGGUCGCUCUCUAAAAAUGCUUACUGUCGCUUUACCGACUCGGCAACAAGGGAGGUAAUGCAAACUUAUAAGUAUGUCAAAUAGAUAUUGUUUGUUGAUUUUAUGUUUAAUUGUUAUUGUUAUAGCUGUAGCUCUUGGCUUUAGGCACGGUUAGUGGCAGUGUGAAGUGAUAAGUGAUUCUAGCAAAUUUGCGAAUCACUUUUGUUAUGCAUGCAGAGUUGCCGUGCACCUGAUAUUAAAAUUUAAAAUGACCAGGCAUGAAUAGCAUAGGUAGGUAGGUAUUGAGUUUAGGUAUGUGCAGUGCAGCCUGCUCGAAAUGCUAUUACUGAGAGAUAGGGAAGACCUACCGUCUAUCGAAUGUGGACCUGCUAUUCAAUUAUGCCAUGGAAUAAGUAAAUGUUGUAACAUAUGUCCGAGCGACUGUUUCUGGGCGCUCAGCCGCAUGCCAUUGUUACAAAACAGACGAAUUAAAACCAAAAUUGAAAUGAAAGGCAGGAUAAUUGCUACUAACAUAGCAAUUGUUUUAACUGAUAGCACGCCUAAUUUCCAGAUUAGUGACAGAGCCUUGGACAGAGCGAUAUUUUGUUGAGUGAUAGGCAUCCCUGUACCCUGUCUAUCAUUCUGGCCGGCUAACGUCAUGAUGAAGAAAUAAAAAAUCUCAAAUAUUUGUCUGUGAGAUGUGAAAAUAAAAGAAUGCCUUGGAAGUAUGGGCAAAGUGAUGUCAUCUUUUUGAUCGUCUGAAUAAAUAUUUGACAUACAAUCCAAAUCCAUGGCUAUGGA